CCUGCUAGACUAGGUACGGAGGGGACGUGACCUCGGGGCUCUCGUGAAGAUCAAUCAAAUUUGGAUUUACGUGGAGAAUUGAGCCCUAUAAGUGGUGCAACAAUACUCCGACCAUACAUAGGGCGUCUGGGGACCUUUUGGUAAAGGUUGAAAAGAGAUUUAACAGCGAAUUAAGGGACCAGUUGAGGGUGUGAGGGCACUCGAAGAUUACUCUGGAAGAGGAGCUUGGUGGAUGGUCGGUGCCACGUCUGAGAUACUGUAGGAGCAAAGAGGAAGAAGAAUACCUGUGACGUCAUGGAUCAGCUGAGGAUGCAGUUACGUCAUCGAGGCACCAGUGAGCAGAGCUGCUCAUGAGAGCUUCGAAUCACUGAGACAUCUGCAACAGGCGCAUGAUGACUGGCUCCCGCCGAGCCGGAGACGUGCUGGCUAUGGAGGGCAAUCAUCCAGAUCAUGUCUUGGCGUUCGGGAAGACCAAAGGCUGCUACGUCAGCAGAAGCGUGGCCGUCCUGCUGGGCGUCUUCUUCGUCAGUGGGCUGGUGGCCACGGGGCUCCUGGUCUACUACUACGCGCCACAGGGGACGGACCCUAAUCAGGAGUCACUCUUGCUCUCUAAAACACAGCAGUCGACGGAGCGCAAGCCUAUGCUAGCCCGGAGACGCACCUCAAAUUCUACCAAGCGCCUCACCCCCGUCAGGUCCAACACCACCAGCAAACGACUCUCAGGCACUAAGACCAAAACAGGCAUCAGUUUCAGCAGCACAAGGGCGCCUACAUCUCCCCUCCCCAUCACCACGGAGGCGCCAUUUCUCGAAGAGAUAGACGCCCGUCUUCCCAAAGCCCUGAAGCCCCUCCACUACCUGGUCAAGCUUCAACCCUUCAUCAACGGCAACUUCAGCAUCCUGGGCUACGUGGAGGUCGAGAUGGAGGUGUUGGAGCCCACCCUCAACAUCACUCUCCACAUCGCCGACAUCAUCACCAAGAAUGACACUAUCAGGGUGGUGCCUGUGGGGAACACGGAAGGCCUUGGCUUGAAUAUAAAGAAACACGAGUAUGAUCAUGAGCGGCAGUUCUACGUGGCUCAUCUGGAAGAGGAGCUGCAGCAGGGUCACAAGUACAUCCUCUCCAUGGAGUUCAUAGGCUAUCUCAACGACCAGCUCCAUGGUUUCUACCGCUCCAAUUACAGGGACUCCGACGGUACCGAAAAGACGUUGGCGGUGACGCAGUUCCAGGCGACGGACGCGCGACGAGCCUUCCCGUGCUUCGACGAGCCCAGUCUCAAGGCCACCUUCGAGGUCUACCUGGGUCGCACCACCAACAUGUCCUCUAUAUCUAACAUGCCCAUCAUCGAGACUAUACCCAUGGAGGAUCAGGAGGGUUGGGUGUGGGAUCAUUACGACACAAGCGUCCCGAUGUCCACCUACCUGGUCGCCUUUGUCGUGUCAGACUUCGCCAGCCUCGCCAUCACCACCGCCAACAACCACACCUUGUUCAGGGUGUGGGCGAGGGGGUCGGCGCUGGAGCAGGCGGAGUACGCCAGGCUUGUCGGGCCGCCCAUUCUCACCCACUUCGAGGACUACUUCAACCAAUCCUACCCGCUCCCCAAGCAGGACAUGGUCGCCAUCCCGGACUUCUCUGCGGGAGCCAUGGAGAACUGGGGACUCAUUACCUACAGGGAGACGGCCAUGCUCUACGACCCCGGCGUGUCGGCCGCCUCCAACAAGCAGUACGUAGUGGCGGUGGUGGCUCACGAGCUGGCCCACCAGUGGUUCGGUAACCUGGUCACGCCCAGGUGGUGGACCGACCUCUGGCUCAACGAAGGCUUCGCCUCCUACGUCGAGUACAUUGGCAUCAAUCAUGUGGAGCCGACCUGGCAGGUGAUGGAGCAGUUUGUGCUGAACGAGGUACAGAUCGUGUUCAGUUUGGACAGCCUAGAGUCCUCCCACCCCAUCAGUAUCCCCGUCGGGCACCCGGAUGAGAUCAGCCAGAUCUUCGACAGGAUCUCUUAUGCAAAAGGUGCGUCCAUCAUCCGCAUGAUGAACCACUUCCUAACUGAGGACACCUUCAGGAAGGGCUUGAGCAACUACCUCGAUGCCUUCAAGUAUGGGAACGCCGAGCAGGACGACCUUUGGGAACACCUGACGGAGGCGGCCCAUCAGGACGGUACACUGCCCCUUCACCUCACUGUCAAGACCAUCAUGGACACCUGGACGCUGCAGAUGGGUUACCCCGUCAUAAUGGUGGACAGGAGCCCGGACGGUACUUCCGCUAUUGUCUCCCAGGAACGGUUCCUCUUGGUAAAGGAAGCAUUGGUCUCGGAGGACACCCACGUCUACAAGUGGUGGGUGCCGUUGACCUACACAGGUGGGGACGAUCCCAACUUCAACAAUACACAGGUCAAGGUGUGGAUGAAGGAGUCCGAGACACACAUCACCAUCCCGUCCCUGCCCAACAAGGACCAUUGGGUCAUCUUCAACCUGCGAGAGACGGGUUAUUACAGAGUUAACUACGAUCUCCACAACUGGAACCUGCUUAUCCAGCAACUGCUCGCUGACCACCGGGUCAUCCACACCAUCAACAGAGCUCAGAUUAUCGAUGACGCCAUGAACCUCGCCAAAGCAGGUCAAGUAGAGUACGACACUGCUCUAGGGGUGUACAACUACCUGGGUCAGGAGACAGAGUACGUGCCCUGGGCCGCUGCUAUCAACAAUCUGGCUUACCUGAAGGAGAUGUUCGCCCGUACCGGAGGCUACGGAGCUCUCAAGAGGUACUUACUGGACAUCCUGGUGCCCCUGUACAACACCCUGGGGUUCGCCGAUAGCCCGGGCGACCCGCUGCUGGACCAAUACACGCGACAGAAGGCGCUGACGUGGGCCUGCGAGCUGGACCACCCGGACUGUCUCAAGAACGCCGCAGCCAUAUACGCCCACUGGAUGAAUAACCCCAAAAACAACAGUAGCAUAAUCUCGCCCAACCUGAAGUCGACGGUGUACUGCCACGCCAUCGGUGUGGGCGGGGAGAAGGAGUGGAACUUCGCCUGGGAGGAAUACCUCAGUAGCAACGUCGGCUCCGAGAAGAACCGCCUCCUCUCCGCCAUGGGAUGCACCAAGGAGGUCUGGAUACUGUCCCGGUACCUGGAGAUGGCCUUCAGCCCUGAUAGCGGCAUCAGGAAGCAGGACGCCUUCAGAGUGUUCGGCGCCGUAGCUGCCAACGAGGUGGGUCGACCCCUCGCCUGGAGCUUCCUGCAGGACCAGUGGGAUACCAUCUUUGAGUUCUAUGGGAAGGCCAAGUCCAGGUUGAUCAAGUCUGCCACCAGUUUCUUCAACACCGUCCAGCAACUCAAGGAGCUGCGUCUCUUCCGUCGGGAACACCUGGAAGAUCUGGAAUCUGUUUCCAGAUCCGUUCAGCAAGUGAUUGAGCGCACUAAGAUCAACAUAGCCUGGAUGAACGAGAACUACAAGGUCAUAGUCAACUGGCUUGACAAGAACGGCUACUCCACGAAGCUCAGCAGCGCUUAAAAGAGUCAGAAGAACUCCCAUGAAGGAACGUUUGCUUCACCUAUUCACUAUAACGGCGGACAUUGCCUAGAAUCCCAGAUUACUUCCUCACGCCAAAGGCCAGCGACACCUAGAUCAUCUUCCAGGAACAUUCAGUAGGAACUAGAAAUUGUAAUUUAGUUCACCUGGACGACAACGCAGCCUCCAACUGACGCAUUACUGACCUGACGUAUACAACACUAGCAAGUUGUAAAUAAAUACGCCUGGC